AGAUAAAGAAAGUGGAUAGAGAGAGAGAGAGACAUCGAGGGCCAAAUUAGAAACCGUCACGAACUCCUCCUCCUCCUCUGUAAUCUGUAUUACAUUCCUUUAAAGAUACACAAGAAGAAGACUACUUCUUCUCUUCACCGACUUCAUUAAACUCUUCAUUUCAGGGUUCGUUUGAAUACACAAUCAACCAAUCUCUUCUUCUCUGGUUCGUUUGUUAUGGCUACUGAAGAUCUAGAACGAGGAGGAGUUAAGAACAGAGGGAAUAAUAAUGGUGUUAACAAUCCGAAUUACGCGAAUAAUUAUCAAGCUUCAUCAGCAUCGUAUUUUCAUGAGAAUAAUUCAGAACGUGGAUGGACUUCAUGGUUGAUACCUAUGUUUGUUGUUGCAAAUAUAGUUAUGUUCAUCGUAACUAUGUAUAUUAACGAUUGCCCUAAACAUAUUAACGAUAGAGAUAGAGGUUUCUCUGGUGCUAAAUGUCUUGCUAGAGGUCUUGGAAGGUUUUCUUUUCAACCGCUUAAAGAGAAUCCACUCUUUGGUCCUUCUUCUGCUACAUUGGAGAAGUUGGGAGCCCUUCAGUGGCAGAAAGUGGUCCAUGAGAAUCAAGGAUGGCGACUUUUCACUUGCAUAUGGUUGCACGCGGGUGUCAUUCACGUUCUUGCAAACAUGCUGAGCCUGGUCUUCAUUGGAAUUCGUCUUGAACAGCAAUUUGGUUUCAUUCGGAUCGGUGCAAUCUACCUCAUAGCUGGCAUAGGUGGAAGUGUCCUCUCUACUCUUUUUAUCAGAGGCAAUAUCUCUGUUGGUGCAUCUGGUGCUUUGUUUGGACUUCUUGGAGCCAUGCUGUCAGAGCUUCUAACAAAUUGGACCAUAUAUGCCAAUAAAGCUGCAGCUUCGAUUACGCUUAUCUUCAUCAUUGUUAUCAACUUAGCUGUUGGGUUACUACCUCACGUUGACAAUUAUGCACAUAUUGGUGGUUUUCUUACUGGCCUCUUGCUUGGAUUUGUAUUGUUGCUCCGACCUCAAUUUAGUUGGAUGGAACGCCGAAACCUCCCAGCCGAUGUUCGUGUCAAAUCCAAAUAUAAGGUCUACCAGUGGGUACUUUGUUUCCUUGGAUUGGCCCUUUUGAUCGUUGGAUUCACGGUGGGACUUGUGAUGCUGUUUCGAGGGGAAAAUGGUAACGAUCAUUGCAGUUGGUGUCAUUAUCUCAGCUGUGUGAGAACCUCAAGAUGGAAGUGCGAUAACUGAUUGACAUAGAGAGGCAGAGGCGCCAUUCUCUUCAUGGCAUUCUGAUCUUACUUCUCUCUUAAAUCUCGGUUGGUUUCAAUUGUGUACAUCCAUACGUAGUCUUUAUAGAAUAGACGUCAAGAAGAUCACUUUUCAUCUCUGCAUAUCUUUAAGAUUUACAAACAAUGAGAGUUAAGUUUGUGUGUGUUUAUGUUAGAUUUUCCCGUCCUUGUGUAUAUCCUACAGAAAUACAGUUUGUAUGCUGGUUUUUUUUCCUGACAUGUAUUCUUUUAAUCUUUGCUUAAUAUUCUUUUGGUGUAUAUACCAUUAUUCUCAGUAACUGCACUUUUAUAUUUC